AUGUUGGAAUUUACAGCAGUGAAAUUAUGGCGACCAAAAGAAUCAGCGGACUUUAGAAAGAUAAAGGGAAAUGCUUGGGUAUACCCUGUGAUCUCACUGCAAUCUCACCCAUGCUUACGUGGACAAAAAAAUAAUGAUAAAAAAUCCCAAAUCGUGUCUACUCUCUUUCUCUCUCUGCUAUCUUUCAAAUUAAAACAAAAAAACCAGUUUCAUUCGAGAAUCUUCGGAAAUACCGGUCCCCCUCUCUCUCGCCGGAAAAAGUCUUCAUUUUCGCCGGGAAACGUCUCUAUUCCCGCCAGUAAAAGUCUCCACUUUCCAGUUCGACUCCCUCUCGCCAGACUCCCUCUCCCUUUUCGCCUGAAAUCUCUCCCUUUUCGCCGGAAAGGCUCUCCCUCUCUCUCGCCGGAUCUAUCUUGCCUCGCCGGAAAAGCAAUUUUGAACGGGUCCUCUAACGAACGGCGCGCUUCUCUCCAUCUCUCUCAGGCAAUUGUUGACGCUUACAAGGACGAGCCUGGAAACCCUAAAUAUGCUUUUAAGGCCAUCUAUGUGUUUUCAACCAGCACUCUGGGUAUUGCUCCUUCAAGGUAUUGCAUUUGGUCAAUGAUUGGACAUGGCCUUGGGGCUGCUGGUGGAUUGGAGGCCAUAGCAUCCAUAAAAGCAAUCAACACUGGUUGGCUGCAUCCCACUAUUAAAGUUGUCAAAAGCAUAAAAGAGGUUAUGGAUUCGAAUCAAGCAUUCUGUAAUGAGUCCCGAAGGCAAUGUUGCCCUUUCAACGAUGUCCAUGUAUCUCAUCAUUGUUUUGAUGAAUCAGAAUUGGUAAUUUUUUCAGUAAAUAAAACAUUGAUGCCAUUUUUCCUUUGUUGUUUUUGUCUAUUUGUGGCCUUGUCUGCUUAUUAUGGAAAUUUUAGAAACUUAUGUCCAGUAGUUUGAAUUGUCAGAUUCAGUAAUAACAAACGUUUAUGUG